AUGGCGCCACAAACUUCCAUCCCGCUGGCAGCAAACGUACUGGGUACCCUAGGCACGGUAUUCUGGUGCGUACAGCUUGUACCGCAGAUAUGGCGCAAUUACCGGACGAAGAGCACGGUUGGGCUACCGGAGUCGAUGAUGCUGCUUUGGUCGAUUAGCAGUGUGCCUUUUGGGGCGUAUGCUAUAGCUCAGCAGUUCAACAUUCCGCUUAUUGUUCAGCCGCAGUGUUUUGGUGUGCUUUGUGGGGUUAGUUGGGCGCAGUGUUUGAUAUAUGGUCGGAAAUGGAGAACGUGGACUGCAUCUCUUUUGUUGUGCAUCCUCCUGGUCAUCUUUGCUGGAGUAGAAGUUGGCCUUGUGUUUGCGAUUCGGCUGCCGUACUCGAGAGGAGUAGAGUGGCCGGUGUUACUAAUCGGUAUCUUUGCAUUCCUGACACUCAUCUCCGGUUACCUGCCUAUUCCUUUUGAGCUACUAAAACGACGUGGAAGGGUUGUUGGAAUUGACUUCAUUUUCUUGGCCAUCGAUUGGAAUGGCGCAUUUUUCUCGCUCAUGGCUUUGGUAGCUCAGAAUGAGUUUGAUGCGCUGUUCGGCACUAUGUACGCUUUGUGUUGCGCGAUCGAGAUGAGUAUGGUCGUCUCGCAUCUAGUAUGGCUUUUUCGGACUCGCGGUAUUCGGAGACGUGCCAAGGAAGCCGGUAAGACGUUUGAUGAAUACAAGGAGGGAAUCGAGUGGCAAUCAAAGGGCAUUGAUGUUGAGAGGCUGCUCAAGGGCAUGUUCGCUGGGAAAAAUGAAGGCAAGGAAGAAGGAAGAAGUGCUACUGUUGAUGACAUCGAGGCAGCUGCUACACCGGAAGAAGUGAUGCCAAAGACUGUUCCAAAUGCUACCAGAUAA